AUACUUUCACUACCCACAAUAUUUUCAAAUGGUUGAUGAAUUUUUAUUCCCGUUAACUCUUCUUCCUUGAUUCCUGGUAUGCGCCAAGCUUCUCCAAACUCAAAGUAUAACCCACAGCACAGCAGAUGUUAGAUUCUUUCUUCUUAAUCCUUGGCAGCAUAAGAUUCAGGCACAGACAUCGUGUAGCGCGGACGAGGGUAACGCCAGCUGCAUAGAGGAAACAGGUGUUCGUUCUUUACUUCUUUGAGACUGACCAAUCUCUAGCGGGCAGAGUUUGCCGGAAGAUCCAUCGGAGGAGCCGAAACGGAAUUAAAUGGCGGUGGACGCUAGCAUCGCGUCGCUGUUGGAGAAGCUCAAAGUAGAAGAUCCCUACUUUCCGCCCAGACCAUGGGAGUCCAUUCCUUCUGAGAGCGGCCUUCCUUCUCACUCCUCGCUUCACUCUCAACAUUCUUCAACUCACAUCUUCUCCACCUCCGGAGUCUCUGAGUCUAGUUUGGUGAGGCUAGCAUUGAAUGCUUUGCAAGGUGUUGAAUCAGCUUUAAUAUCAAUUGGGGAACUCUCCUAUUUAUUUUGCUCUGAGUCAGCUGAUAGAUCGUUUCAUUGCAUUCCAAGUUUGUGGACCAGGAGUUCUAGCACUUUGGCAUUAGGAAAUCUACUGAAGUCCAUAGGGCGCUUUGGUUGCAUUAUUUUUCUCAUCCACAAGUUUGUUUCUUAUUUUACAAGUUCAAGUGCAGAUUGUAAAUCAGGACCUGAUGAAAUUCUAGGCAACAAUUCAAAUGUAGCUGGCAGCUGCCAGUUGAAAAAUCAUACACUUGUUAAUCAGGCUUUUGCAGUUGCUGUGGGAAAGGUUUUAGAAGGUUACAUUUCUGCACUCAAUAGUUUGCUUUCAUCUGUGAGCUUAAGACGCAGCUCCAAGGCUACUGAUGGAGGCUGCCUUACAAGUGUUGGUAAUUCUGAGAUCACAGUGUUGGAGGUUUAUCUGCACACUAUGGGCUUAAGGGCUCAAAUGGAAGCACUUGGAAAUAUCUGCAAUCUGUGUGAUUUAGCUCUUUCUUUUCCACAAUUGCCUUUUAAAGACUUAAUGGCUAAAGCUGACCUAGAAAUUCAUAAUUUCCCAAGAAGUGGUGCACUGAUAACAUUUUUAUACUUACAGCUAAAGGCUGCUGAUCCUGCUCAUUGUGCUCUCCUCAAGUUCCUCUUUCUCCGGUCUUGGGAACCUUAUUGCGGAUUUAUUAGAUCAUGGAUUUAUGAAGGCAGGAUCAAUGAUCCUUUCAAAGAGUUUGUAGUGGAACUUUUUGUUGAUCUACCUGAUCAUGCUGUGGAUGUCACUGGAACAUGUAAUGAGUUCCCAAUAGCUAGUGUCAAGGUACGAGAUGGAGUUGCAGUCCCUAUCUUCUUAGAGGAUUUUCUUGUUCCGCUCUUCAGAGCAGGCCAACAGCUUCAAGUGAUUAUGAAGUUGCUUGAGUUAUCCAAUAAUAUUGGAGCAAUAAAUGGUUCUUACGAAGAGUUUCUUCCUGGUUGUAAUGGUUUUUCAAGCAAAUAUCCUAGCUUUUCUUCAUCACUAACAUUUGACAAAGGAACAAUUGAAGCAAUCGUGCUGGCAAGAAACAGUUUUUACCUACAGUUACUGGAAAAAAUUGAUAAUAUUUUUUCCAAAUUUGAAUUUAGAACUCAAGGGAUUUUGCUAUAUGGAGUUCAAGCAAUACAUGCAAACUGUGGAAGGAGUCAAAAGUCUUCUGAACUAAUUGCACUGGAUGAUAACUUGAUUAUGCCUCCAAGUGAAAUAAAAACUCAGGAAUUGUCUGAUGGUGCUUCUGAAGUAUCUAUCACAGAUGAUGAGUUUUCCUAUGCUGAAGAUGUCAUGGAAUUAUCUGAAUCCUCAUCUUUAGAAAAUUUUGAAGAGCAAUCUGAGCCUGAGGAUUUGACUCAUAUUACUGAUAAGCGACUGGAGCCAAGUUAUCUUUCUGCUUUGAGUUUCUUUACAAAUGAUUCAUUGCAAAAGCUGCCCCAAGAUGAGAUUUCAUGCAAUUCAAAACCUUUUCUGGGUGAAAAAUGUGAAAGAAAAGACCCUACUGUAGAAGAGCAAAGUUUAUUACUUGCUCCUGAGGCCAAAGGUACAGAAAUUGGAUGCCAACUGUCUGAUCAUAUUCUUAAAAAUCCCUUUAACAUUGACUCCAGGAACAACGGAAAUUUUUCAUUCCUUACAAUUAUUCACAAAUUGAAGGUAAGUGGUGAUAGUCAGAUGACCGAAAUUUUGGAUUGUGGUGAGUCCAUUCUACACAAAAGUGCUUCAGUACAGAAGGCUGAUAGCAAGCAUCAGUACCAAGAUGAUACUUUUCAAAAUUCAAGUAGUUUUUCUUCAUGGAGAAUGUACCAUUCUAAUUUUUUCAAUAUGAAUCCAAGUUUGACCAAAAGUUCUCUUUUUAAGCCAAAGUCCAGUACAGGAGAAAGAUGGCACCAAAAAGAACCUUUAUCCUGUUUUGACUUUACAUCUGUAAGAGAUCCUUGUAAGUUAUACACAGAGAAGUUGGAUUAUAGAACAACACAACAUUUUGGAGCUGAACUUUCAGUUCUGACUGAUAGUACUGGUACUACUGCCAUUUCUACAAGUGAUCUGUUUGAUCAAGAAAGCCAUGAUCACAAAAACUCAGAGAAAGAGGGGAAGCUCUCUUAUGCUUCACCUGUAAGUUCAAAAACUAAUGCUAGAGAAGUCUCAUCACUUGCAAAUACCAAUGGUGGGAGUGGGUGGGUCAGUCUGCUUGGUUGCUCUAACAUAACAACAAAUGCAGCUGCUAGAUAUCAUGGGUCUAGUUUGGUGACUGUUAAUGAGAUUCCAUUGGAUUAUAUUCUCAAGAAGUGCUUAUUGGAUGAGAUUUUGCUUCAAUAUAAGUAUCUGAGCAAGUUGACCAUAAAGUUGUUUGAAAAAGGAUUUGAAUUGCAAGAACAUCUGUUAUCACUAAGGAGGUACCAUUUAAUGGAAGUAGCAGACUGGGCAGAUUUGUUCAUCACAUCACUUCUGCGUCAUAAAUGGUAUGUCUUAGAGGCUGAAAAGAGGAUAUCAGAUAUUCAAGGUGUUCUUGAGUUGUCAGUUCAGAGAUCUUCGUGUGAAGGAGACCUGAAUAGAGAUCGAUUAUAUGUUUACAUGAAAGAUGCUAUGGCUACAGGCCCAUUUCAUGGUAUACACUCCUUUGAUUUUCUUGGCUUGGGUUACCGAGUGGAUUGGCCUAUCAGUAUCAUUUUAACCCCUGGUGCAUUGAAAAUAUACUCAGAGAUAUUUAGUUUUCUGAUACAAGUCAAGCUUGCACUUAUUUCUUUAAGUGAUGCAUGGAGCUCACUAAAGAAUCACACUGAAUUGUGCAAGAAGAAUUGUCAUUUUGAGGCACAAGAUAUGAAAUCAGAUCAGAUAUCUAUCUUAACGAAAACCAGGCACCAGCUUAAUCAUUUUGUAUCUGCAGUGCAGCAAUAUGUACAAUCUCAAUUAUCCCAUGUUUCCUGGUGCAGGUUCAUGCACUCCCUUAAGCACAAGGUCAGAGACAUGAUGGACUUUGAGCUGGUGCAUAUGUCAUAUCUCAAUGAAUCACGACAUAUAUGUUUCUUAUCUGAGGAAACCCAACCAAUUGCCCACAACAUACAACAGAUUUUGCAGUCAGCAGUAGACUUCCGGUCUUCUCUGGCUGGUAACAUUUUCAAAUCUGGGCUAAAUGAAAAAGAAGGUCGGGUUGAUCUUCAUCAGACAGACAUGUCCCAGGUGCUUUCCAUAAGAAAUACAUUCAUGAAGAGCGUCAACGAUUUGUAUCAAUGUUAUCUCAAGUCCCCUAAACACGAUGACUUUGGUCUCUCACAUCUAUGGGGUUAUAUCAAUUACAACGAAUAUUACAGCGAUGUUAUUGGCCAACCAAUGGGCCUCGGAAGUUUUCCUAUCUGAAACUUUCAAUGUGCACAGCAAGAGAUUGGUUUGUUGUCUAAAGCGAUGGGUGUGUUGAUGAGGCAGGAGCUUUGAUGGUUGCUAUAAAUCAUCAAGACAUGUGCACCCAGGGUCAGGGUGGGUGGGUCCUUUAAACUUUGGAGUCCCCUUAUGUACCAAUUAUGGAUGAAUCUCCCCUUGCACAGAUAGCCCACACCCUUUAUAGUCCUGUACGAAAUUAUUGGUUCAUUUAAGGUGGUUAAGUCAUAGAAGAUGUAGAUGUUUUUGUUUUUGUUUUUGUUUUUUUUUUUUUUCAGGGAGGAUUUUCUUAAGGCAUGCUACAGAGUGCAGUUUCAAAAAGUGAGUGUAUUCGUAAGUAGAUACGGAGUACAAUUUGUUAGUUGUUGCGUGUAUAUUAGGCAUCCCUACUUGAUUGUACUAGUUAGAAUUCGGCAGUGUAAAUUAUGGAAAAUAUUACUUUGACUCUCAAAUUCUAUUAUUUACUUUUA